AGCGUCGACCGGAAUCCGCUCCACUUCCUCCAUGUAAACACUAAAAGUCGGUGUUUGCGUUUUAACGCAGCAUUUCUGCGCUUUUCUGCUCCUCUGACGCACAUUUUUGACGCGUAAAGUCUCCAAACUCCGUCCAGCUGCCAACAUCUGUCGCUUUAAUGAGUUAAUUAACGCGUCAUGUCGGACCGGAGCCGCUAAUUGGCUGCACGCGCUCCGCUCCGAGGAGUUAUCGGACCACCGGAUCACCGGGGCUGCCGAGGAUUUACAGCCGGGAUAGAGUCCUGACGCGCGGCCGUUAGUCAUCCGACUGCCGGUGCUGUUACCGGAACGUGUGAGUCAGCAGAGACCCGGUUUAACCCACCCUGCACCGGGACCUCCUGCCGAACUACUCCGAGUGAAUCACAGGAACCGGACACACACCGAGCAGAGCCGCUGCCAAUGGCGUCCUUCGUCUCCACCCUCCUCUUCCUCUUCCUGGUGGGCGGGGCUUGGCCGGCCGUCAGUCAGUCCAGUGAGCCGACAGAACCCUUGUGUUACGACUGGGGGGAGUCCAGUGAGGCGGGGGUGUCGGUUCUGGAGGGGGAGUCCGGUUGGCUGUCCUGUCCUCUGUUCUCUCACCCAUCCGUCUACAACUACACCUCGACCCAGAGCGCCGGACACACUUUGGUCUGGUACCGACUGCUGCAGGGUCAGGACGUGGAGGAACCGAUCAUGACCAGCUCUCGCCUCAGCAAAGACAGAGAGAGACUCUGGCUGCAGCCGGCGACCAGCAACGACACCGGACAGUACAUCUGCAUGCUGCGCAACAAGACGUCCUGCAGUAAGAUCGCCAUGCGUCUGACGGUGUUGCGGCCUGACCAGGUGGUUCGCGGCGUCGACUGCGAGCCUCCGGUUGCCGUGGCAGCGACCACCGAGUACCUCAAACUGCAGGGCGGGAGAACGCUGGACUGCCCUGACCUGCAGGACGCCAUCAAGAUGGCCGACCGCGAGCCCACGGUCACCUGGUACCAUGUGAGACGACACCUCUCGAUGUGCGAACAGUAUCCGUUCUGGAACCAAGAGCGGCAGCAGAAAGGACCCAGUCUGAAGUUCUACGUCAUGUUGGAUUCCUACCAGGGCUUAUAUUUCUGCACGGUUCACUACCAGAGGAGAGGAAAGACGCUGAACUUCACCAGGAGCAUCAACGUCACUGCCAUCUAUCCAGACGGACCUACUGUGUCCAAAUAUCCCAGCAUCCUCCGGCCAACUAAAGACCGCGUGUUCACUAUAAAACCAGGUUCGAAGGUCCUUCUGAACUGCACGGGUCACUUUCCCAUCAUCCGGCCUGGCAUGGUCCCGGAGAUAUGGUGGACGGUGGACGGGAAGACGCUGGACAAGCUGGCCGACCAGCGAUUCUCACAAAAAAUCAGUCAGGAAGGCUAUGACUAUGGGGAUCUCACCAUGAAGAACGUCCUGCAGAUCCAGGACUUCCAGUCUGAGGACGUGAACAAAGAGUUCAACUGUUCUGUGAAGAACGAAAGAGGCUUCGAGACCCGAAGAGUCCAGCUGCAGGAGGAAGUGUGGGUGCCGGUCGUGGAGCUGGCCUGUGGUCUGGGCGUCACUCUGCUCCUCAUGCUGCUGCUGUUCGUCGUCUAUCACAUCUUCUGGUUGGAGCUGCUGCUGCUCUACCGGUCCUGGUUCGGGACCGACGAACGCCACACAGAUGAUAAGGAGUACGACGUCUACAUCUCGUAUGCCAGGAACAGUGAAGAAGAACAGUUUGUUCUGUCGACGCUACGAAGAGUUCUGGAGAACGAGCUGGGAUACUCAGUGUGUAUCUUUGACAGAGACAGUCUACCUGGAGGGACCAUCACAGAUGAGACUCUGAGUUUCGUGGCCCGGAGUCGGCGCCUCCUGGUGGUGGUGAGUCCGGGUUACGCCUCGCAGGGCUCCCAGGCGCUGCUGGAGCUGAAGGCCGGCAUCGACGGCAUGGCGCUGGGGGGACACCUGCGGGUCAUCCUGGUCCAGUACAAGCCGGUGCAGCGGCACUCCUGGGUCCGGGAGCUGAGGAGGGCCCGGGUGGCCCUGGUGCUGGUCCGGUGGCAGGGAGACAAGUCCAAGGAGCUGACGUCCCGGUUCUGGAAGAGGCUGAGGGUGGAGCUGCCGGUGAGGAGGGUUGGUCGGGAGGAAGAGGAGGAGGAAGAGGAGGGUGGCAACAAGGAGGCGAUUCUGAUGAGGCUUCACAGUCAGAACAGCACCAACUCCCAGACGGGCCUCAUCAGCAACACUGUCAAAGACCCGCAGAAGGUUCUGAACUGUGCGUCGUAGCAGCAGUGGAGCUGCCGUUAGCAUCAUGUAGCUUUACAUUCACCAAUGAACUAUUUUCUACCAUCAGUUCAGUACAGUUCCGUUUAUUUCGAUGGCACCAAGUCACAACAUUUAUCAUCUCAAAGCAUCUAAAGAAAAGCCUAACAAAUCCAAAGUUUCUUCUCGAUUCGUUCACAGAUUUGCAUCUCUGGCAAAACCUGCCAGCAGAAAAGAUCCUGUUAUCUUGUCUGAGUAGAUUCUCAGUCAUCUGGUUCAACCUGGUAGGUUCUUGAAACAUCUACCAGAGAAGUAAAGUUGAUGUCUAGUGAAGUCCCUCCGAACUGUUUUCUUAUCUAAAUCAGUUUCUGACUCUACGAACUGUUUUGACUCGGACUGGACAGAAUUACGACUAAAACGGCCUGAGAUUCAGUUAAAAUACCAAAACAAGUCUUACAAUGAGACUUACAGUUUACAGCCAUGUUGACAGUCAACUUUCGCAUGCUAACAUGGUACUAGCUUAGCCUGUACAGCAACUAGUCAAAAACUGUUUGUGCAAGCUAAAGCUAAUUUCUAAUUACAAACAAGUAAUAUGAAAAAAAAAAUCACAAUAGAUUUUAUCAUUUUUUUCACUCAUCAGUUUGUAAAGUUAAACACUUAGCUUAUUCACUGUGUGCAGCUAUGCAUCAAAUAGACUUGACUUUACCUUAAUCAGCCAAAUCUGGAGCACAUAAAGUAGAUGCUGAGAUAUUUUCAUGUCAACCUUUCCAUCCUUGAAGCAGUGCUGCUAACUUGGCGAAAAAAAUGCUAGCUUUCCUAUCAAACUCAAACAGCAUUGUUAGCCAGCAUGCUAAUUUUACAUUAGCUACAUUUAGCUUUAGUUGCAACUACAGUAUGUUAUGUCUACCAGUCUUAGAGCUAAACAUUUGACCCGAGGAUGGCGCUGGAGGACAAAAUCAGAAUAUUUUAUGGCCAUCUAUCCAGCAGGUGCUUGGAUGACAAAGUUUUGUUGGACCACGUGAUAUUUAGGCAGUAAAAAGACAUAAAUUACUCAUCAAUAAUGAAAAACAACUGACUAAUGUUCCAUAAGUAGCUUCAGUAUAUCAGUCCUUAUAUCAUCAGCAUCAUUGCCAUAAAUCACUUUAAUCUGCACACUAUCUAUUGAUCUUUAUCAUUGUAUGUUUAUGUUGCUUGUUCGUUCGGAACUUUUAAGAAGUCGGACUGCAGUGUUUUGUUUACCGGUUACUUGUUUGUAAUCUUGAACCUGGAGUUUGGUUUUACUUUUCAAUAUUUGUGUUAAAAGGACCACAAGAAACCAGCCACAGCAGGAGCUCAUUGACUGAAACAGCCAAGGCUACCAUUAAGAACUCAUUGUACACUAAGACACAUUAAAUUGUACUUUAUCCACCAAGGUUAAUCUUCUAAACCUCAUUAAGAAGAUAUUUUCGAUAAUCAUUAUAAGAAACAGGUGACACAGAUGUAACAUAGGGUGUCAUCGGCAUACAAGAGGAUUUACAGUUUUAUAUCCAGAUGUCUCUAGAAGCACCACAGCUUGUUUGUACUACACGGAAAAGGAAAGCUAUGCCUGCAAGGAAUUCAUUAUUUAGUUUCACAGGGCAUUUUGACCUGUUGGUGGCGCUACAGGAAAACACAAGCCAGUGGGAUUCAUCUUCAGGGAAACAUGAAUGGUGGUGAUAAAUUUCAUCCCGGUCUAUUGUAUAGUAAAUAAAUUCGAGGAAACGCGAUAUAUUAUUGCAUCUGUCGAGAAAAGUUUGCGGUUUUCUCAUUCACUUCAAUUGUCGGUCUUUCCCCAUGGCAGCAUCUAGUGGCUGUAAGAGGAACUGCAUUUCAAUACAUAUAAACACUCAGCUGUGAUGAUUGUUUAACUUUAGUUAAAAGAUUUUUUGGGAAAUCACCGCGAUAAAAAGAAAACCCGUCGUAGAUGUAAAGCAGAGUGUCAUCUGCAUACAGGAGGAUUUUCAGAUAAACAUCCAGUCACCUGUAGGAGCACCACAGCUGUAAAAUGUUUCAUAUGGAUGCAGUUUGUAUUUGUAGAAAAAAAGCAAAAAACACUCAGCUGUGAUAGUUGUUCAGCCUCAGUAAGAAGGUGUUUUAAGGGAUUAUUGUAAGAAACAAGCAACACAGCUGUAAAGCAGGGUGUCAUCUGCAUAGUAGAGGAUUUACAGUUUAUAUCCAGUCGUCUGUAGAAGCACCACAGCUGUGAAGUGUUUCAAAGGGUUUAAUACACUGCAAGUCAGGUAUAUGUCAGAAAAUAAGAGUAAAACACACCUAAUCAGUACUUUAAAAUGUUGCAUUUAAAUGUUGUUACGCUGCACUUUGUUAUUGGUCAAUAUUUCCACUUUAUUACAUUCUGUAUAUGCGCAAUAAAUUAGCUCCAAGUUUUAUUUUUCUGUAUUAAUCUGUUUAUCUCUAACACAAAAUAAUCUGUAUUGUAAUGGGGGAAAAGCAUACUGCACUUUUUUGUGCCCGAAAGUCUGUGUUUUUGCAUUUUGCUGUGUCUAAUCUUUAGGGUUUUGUGUAUUUUUAAAAUAUUUGUUGGUUCUUUUUUGUUUUUUUUAAAAUAAAUGCAUCUUUUAUUUAA